ACUGCAAGUGCGGUAGAUUUAGUCCUGGCCUCGAUACAAGUAACGAGGCCACGGGCCAAUCUCUUCCCCGCCGAACAACGUAACUACCCACCGACGACUUAUUGGCAACAAAAAGCGGCAGCUGCCAGUUCUCGACCCCACCAAGCCCAAUGGACAACAUUUCGACAGAGUCGUUCGAGCCGGCCAUGGACGGCCCUCCAUCACCGGAGCGGAUUCGUGCGAUUGGCAAGCAACUGAAGCGCUCCUCUUUUCGUGAUAAGCACUUGAGUCACAACACUGUGUCGUCCAAGUCAUCUUCGCUACUCUCUGCAACAUCAGAAACACCGUCCUGGGAGCUUGGCCCAGACAUUAUCUCAAGGAGGUCUUCGCAACGCUCGUCUAACAGCAGCAAUCCUGCGCGAGAGCCAACCGAUGGGACCGCUUCAUUCGGCAAGGGAAUCUUCAACCGCCGAGGAAAGGGACGCAGAGAAGGGACCGAUACUGGAGCGUCUCACGGGGCCUUGUCGUCGAUGCCGUCUAUCAGCGACCUGAAGUCCGGGGCAAGGGAUUUGAACUUUGUUUCAACCAUGUUUGCUCGACGAAAGGGUUCCCGGCCAGAGAUUGAUGCCGCCGAGCAGAAAAAGCUCCAGAUCUCUGGCCCGUACAAUUUUCAACACCUGACUCACACUCAAAAAGGCAGUGUACCAGAUCUCAACCGCACAAGCAGAAUGGAUUUGGUCUCGGAGUUCGCCAGUAUGCGGGCGGGACAGAAGCCGUCCAUUGGCGAGUUGAAGGGCAUUGAAGCAACAGAAAUCCAUGUGUCAGAUCUCUCGUCUGAGUCGUUACCUCUUCAGGGCGAACGUGAAGACUCCGACACCGCUGCAGGCCGGCCGGAGAGUCGCGGCCAGCAACAGGCAGUGAGGGAGAAGGAACUCCCAGCCACUCCAGGCGAGGCGUGGUUCAAGAAACACACGCAGUCAAUGUCACAAGAUAUUGCCAAGUUGCCACCCCCACGCCCGAAGCGAUCUCCAUCUGAGCCGCUCUUCCCAUCACCCAUUCCUCCUCCCCCCAGAAUAUCCAGUCGUGUCUCCGUGCGUUUCGAAAACGGCCAAGAGACAUUGACGGCGAUAGGAUCAGACCGGCCAUGGAGUAGUGCAGUCUCUCGCAUGCCUCAGCCUGCCCUACCGGCGCAGGAGCAGAGCAUCGUGUCACAAGCGCCUGCGGGCCAGGAUGACGCGGCUUGGCCACUCACUCCUCCUUCCAUGUCGUCAGUACCAGAGGUGCCAGAGGAGGAUGAGGCGCAGCUCACAUCUGUCAAGUCGCGAGCCAGCGUCAUGAGCACCCGCUCCUCCCUGAGAGGCAGCGUCUCGGUGCCACUGCUUCGCCAACUCUCACAAAACCAGGCGAAGCAGCGUCGCCCGAGCAACACGUCGGAUACCCUGGGCCACUUCAGUGCGGUCACUAUCCGACAGGGUGCAGACAGCUCGACCUCCGAGCUGCAAGAUGAUGAUGACUUCAUGUACGACGACUGGGAGGACGAUAUCGACUAUUGCUAUGAUCACGAGGCCGAGGCCGACUGCGACUAUGCAUGGGAGAGACCUUCUCUUGAGAUGUGGCGUGAGGAUGACGAUGGCGCGGUGGAUGCGAGGGCCACCUUCUUCACCGAGACGUUUGGCGCCACCGGUUCACGACGCACCCACAUGGCUGAAACACGAUCAGUCAGCCCAGCCAGUCCAAUGUCGCCUAGAUCCAAGCCUCACGCACAUGCUGCAUCGAACUCGACAUUGACCCUCCCAAUCACAACGAAUUUCUCCCUUCCCGACCGUGGACAUAACAGGACGCUGUCGCGUGCUUCGAGCACUCUGGGAUCGCAAGAGUUCACUCUUUCGCCAAGUCUCCUGAUACCCAACGACUAUCAGCAGCAGAUGCUGAGCUACGAGCGUGAAGUCAACCAAAUGCAAGAAGAUGAGGACGACGACGUGCCUCUGGGUCAGCUGUACAACAAAAGCGCCUUGAUGCUCAAAGUCCGUUCGAGCGCGUCCACCACCGCGUCCGCCUUGUCGGAGCACUCUCUAGCAUCAAGCCGUCACAAGUCAACCCUGUCGACAUCAACUGCUUUCACGAGAUGGACGGGUAUCAGCACUGCUGGAAGCAUGGACUGGCAGCAACAUGCUGAAGCAAGUUGUCUCGAAGCCCCUCCACCCAAGCUGUCGGAUGAGUGCAACAUGACUCCGACCGCAGGUGUGGGCGGCAUGACUUUGCCCAAGUCCUCGGAACCUUACUGGGAAAACGGCCUUGAACGUCGACAGCGCACUGCGUCUGAAGCCAACAUCCUGACAACCUUCUUUGGCGAUGACAGUGCUGACAAGGUCUCGGCUGAGGGUCAGAUCAGGACACGUCGAAGGGCCAAGACUACAAGCCGUAGCCACACCGGCCCUCCGCAGUUUGGUCUUUUCCCUCAGGUGCCUCCUAGCGCUUAACCUUGAUAUCAGCAAUGCCAUGGUCGGCAUGGUAUCCGGCGCUCAGAUCAACAAUACUUCUGCAUUCUCAAUGCACAGAAGUUUACACAAUUAUUUCAUUCCCUUGUCGUCAUCUUUUCCAGCUGUCUUUUCUCUCG